AUGGAAGGGAGGUCAUCUGCUUUGAUUUGGAUAUAUAAUAAUACUACGGAGGAACUGAACACUUCAUUCAGAAACAGCACAAGUGAAAACUAUGAAAAAUACCAGUUUUACAUGAUUGGCCUCUUCUUAUCCUGCCUGUACACUAUCCUUCUCUUUCCAAUUGGAUUUAUUGGGAACAUCCUGAUUUUGGUGGUAAACCUGACCCACAGAGAGAAGAUGACCAUUCCUGAUCUCUACUUUGUGAAUUUGGCUGUGGCUGACCUCAUCCUGGUGGCAGAUUCCCUGAUUGAGGUUUUUAACCUAAAUGAAAAAUACUAUGACUACGCUGUCCUCUGCACCUUCAUGUCCCUCUUCCUCCAGAUCAACAUGUACAGCAGUAUCUUCUUCCUAACUUGGAUGAGUUUUGACAGAUAUAUCGCCCUGGCCAGCUCCAUGAGCAGCUGCCCUUUGAGAACUAUGCAACACGCCAAGUUGAGCUGUGGUCUCAUCUGGAUGGCCUCCAUCUUUGCCACCCUCCUGCCUUUCACAAUAGUACAAACUCAACACAGGGGUGAAGUGCAUUUUUGCUUCGCCAAUGUCUUUGAGAUCCAGUGGCUGGAGGUGACCAUUGGCUUUUUGGUCCCUUUCUCCAUUAUUGGUCUAUGCUACUCCCUGAUUGUUCGAAUCCUCAUGAGAGCCCAGAAGCACCGUGGGUUGUGGCACCGGCGGCAGAAAGCCCUGCGGAUGAUUGUGGUGGUGGUUUUGGUGUUCUUCAUCUGUUGGCUACCAGAGAAUGUUUUUAUUAGCAUCCAACUGCUGCAGGGCACAGCCAACCCAUCGAAGAGGACUGCUACCACCCUGUGGCACGACUACCCACUCACAGGUCACAUUGUUAACCUGGCGGCAUUCUCCAACAGUUGCCUCAACCCCAUUAUCUACAGCUUUCUCGGAGAAACCUUCAGGGACAAGUUGCGUUUCUUUGUCAAGCAGAAGGCUGGCUGGUCAGUAGUGAACCGCUUUUGCCACCACAGCCUUGAUUUACACCUCCCUGUCAGGGAGAAAGUUUCAGAAGUGUGACUGAAAUAACUAGAACAGUUUUUAAAUAAAUUUACUCCAUGAAAUUUUUCAUAUUCAAGUAAAAUUGUUAUUCUCUUUUAGAGUUACUCAGCUUCAUUCGGUUGUGCCUUAGAUAA